CCUCUUGACCAAUGGCGAGUGGUAGUUUUACGCAGGCGCACUGGGACGCAGUGGUCCACAUGUCCCCUCACAGUCACAACAAUGUGGACCGUGUGUCUGCAGACGAGAGGUUUCCACUCGAGUCUGAGUCUGAUGAAGAAGCUGAAAGGUAAAAGUGCGGCCGAGCAGCGCUGGCUGACCCGGCAGCUCAAAGACCCGUAUGUCAAGGCCUCUCACGCACUGAACUUCCGCUGCAGGAGCGCCUUCAAGCUGCUGGAGAUCGACGACAAGUUCCGGCUGCUGCAGCCCGGACACACCGUGGUGGACUGCGGAGCUGCGCCCGGAGCCUGGAGCCAGGUGGCCGUCCAGAGGGUCAACUCAGCCGGGACAGAUCCAGAAUUACCUUGUGGUACCGUCAUUGGUAUUGACCUGCUCAGCAUACCUCCUCUGGACGGUGCCCACUUCCUGUCCAGUCACGACGUCACUGAGCCCGCCACACACAGCAAGCUGCGGGAGCUCCUCCCCAGUGGCCGAGCUCACGUCAUCCUGAGCGACAUGGCGCCAAACGCUAGCGGUAUCCGAGAGAUGGACCACGAGAGACUCACCAUGAUGUGUUUGUCUUUGACAGACUUGGCUGAGAAGAUUCUACAGCCGGGGGGCUCUCUGCUUUGUAAAUACUGGGACGGGAUCCUCGUUCAGAGACUUCAGGAGAAGCUCUUGAGUGUGUUUGGGAGUGUUCGGACUUUAAAGCCAAACGCCAGCAGAAAGGACUCGGCUGAGAGAUAUUUUCUCGCUAGGAUGUACAGAAAGCCAGUGAAAUGAGGACAUCUGUCUUUUUGUUGUCUUUUGAACUCAAACAGCUCUAUGUUCUGUUGAGAUCCACAGACUCGACACUGUGUUCUCUGAAAAAACAGAAGCAAUUAAUAGCUUUGAUCAAAAGGUGGCACUGUUGAGGCAUCAGUGAGGCUCCUAGCUGCAUCACAUGCUGCUGGUGCAGAUUUUUAUCACAGCAAACUUAACAGAGUAGCAUCAGUGAAUCGGUAAUAUGUAAACCUAUGCAAGAAUCAUCAGUUUGAUCGUCCUCAAGAGCCCAAUGCUUGAGUUUCUCUGAAGUUUAUUGUUUGCCCCACAGUGUUUGCUCUACACACUUGCUUUGCUAUUUGCUCUGUUUCAGAAAGUCAUUUGCGGGAGCUGCUUGUGCUGCCAGCCGUGUAGAAAUAUGUAAUCGUUCUCUCAUUGAGAGUUUAUGAAGGGAAUACCAAAUGCAUCAGAGUCACAUACAGUGUGAUUAAUGAGGAGUGGGGUGAUGCCGCAGCUUGGCACGCUGCAUGCGUCGUGGAGCUGUGCACCCCAACAGAGGAGACGGGGCCAUUUUCUCAAAAACACUUUCAGGCCAGUAGAGAGAUCAUCUUUUAAGAUUCUUCUUUAAAUCACUGCACUGACCAAAAAAUGAUUUAUCUGAUUCUGGGAUUUUUUUCCUGACUUUAUAACCACUGGUAAUGAAUUAUAAAUAUUUUUUUUGUCAGAGCUACAUUAUAAGUCUUAUUUUUGAUGCCAUAGGAAAGUGUAUAGAGAUUAAAGUGAAGACCUUGCUGAUAUAACUGUCUACAGUCUUGUGUACAUAAUUGUUCCCCUUAACUCCAGUUGUCAGGGGUCUGACAUGAAAUUGUUCCACCUGUGCAUAUGUAGUCUUAGUGGGGCCCCCUCCCCUACUAUUUUAUUCGCUCUCAAACUUGCGUGUCAUACUUUAUUAUAGCCAGCACUGGAUAGAGAUAAGGAAUGACUUGUAAAAACGGAACCUGGCUGGACUAGACACAAGGAAAUAUAAUGAGAUGGAUGACGCAUCUGCACUUCCUCCCACUAUAUUGAAAUUAAGACAAAAUAUCCCUCAUACGAAUGCCUGCAGCAAAGACAUUGAUUGGAGCCAGAGUUUGCGUUCUAGCACUCAGGGGAUAGAGCCAUGGGAUGUAGGUUUGGCAUGAGCUCAACCAAUCACCAGUCAGUCUCAGCUGUCAAUCAUGAUGUUUCACCCCAUGUUUUUAGCAUCAAAUAAACUUGUUGGGAAAUUUUAAGUCAAAGUCAAAGUAAAGUGUACUUUGACAAAUUUUUCCAUCUGCUAACAUGGAGGAGGCUUUGUUUAUGACCAAUAUUGCAGCCAGCCACCAGGGGGUAGUAAAGAUGUGUUGGCUUCACUUUAAGAGCCGUCAUAUCGUCCAUCUUUAUAUAUAGUCUAUGCUUCGGCAUCUCAAACCCUGGGCUUGCAGGACGCCUCCAUGUGCCAAUAACUGAAUAAACACCUGCAUUCUUGAUGACGUUAGCUCCUCAACAGUGACCUUUUAUAAGCCUCUGAGUCAAAUGUGUGUCAGAUUAAUCUGUGACACAAAGACAUUUGCAUGAUCGUCAUCAAACAUUAUAUGAUGAUAGUUUGAUGCAGAGGGCCAGGCCCAGGUUCUCUUCCAGAAUUAGAAAAAUGUAUUGAAACAAAAAUUGCCAUUUGUCACUAUAUGUCCACUCUCACAUGAUGUGUGAUGGAAACGAUCUGUGCAAACUGCUAAUAAUUGCUUCUUAAAGAACUUCAUAAGGAGACUGUCUAGAGACUAUGAAGCAAAGUUACUUUAUCCACCAGCUUAACAAAGCAGCUAGGUACAAUUUACAGUUUUUAAUAAUGAUAACAAGUGACUUUUUCCAAAUUAUUAUUAUCUCAGGGCUCCAAUAUUGCUU